UUGCUAUUAAACUCGAAUAUACGACCACCAACAAACUUUGAUAAUUGUCAGGCAAUUCAUUAUUGACUCUGAGAGUAAAGAUAUUUUUUGUGGGAAGAUGGUUUUGGUAUUUAUUCACAUCGGUAUAUUAAUGUUUCGAGUAUCUACGGUCACGAUUACAGAGGCCGCAAUCAACGUUCAAUAUUGAACUGAGGUAUAUCUACUAGAUAUUAUUGAUGUUAUUGAUGCUAUUAUCUAAUUAAAAAAAAAAGUUUAAAAUUUUAAUUUAGUCUGCAAUAUCUGAAUCUUGUUACUUUAAAAAAAUCGAUGAAAUCGAAUAUUUUAAAAGUAUCUACGCUGGUUGGUUAGUAAGGGGCAACUCAUCGGGAAGUACUAAAAAAAAAUCAAACCAAAAAUCUUGAACCGUUUGUCGGAACGCAAAAAUUCUUGAACCAACACGGGCAAGAUUUUGGGGCACGAACUUCUUUGUACAUGAUGUACCAAAUGUCAAGAUGGUGUACUAGUUAUACGCCAACAAAUGAAAAUUGAGUUCUCCUUAGAAAGCUUGCUUGGCGAAUCAUAUGAAAGCGCUAGGCAACCUGUCUUGGAGGAAGUAUGAAAAAAAAUGAGAAGGUUUAUUCAAUGCGCGAGAUUUAAAAUUCUGUUGUUAACAACUGACCUUGAGGCAUGCAACAACCAACAUGGCCGGGGACAAAUCGCCUAUAAGUUUGAAUGCGGCAUUUUUGCGGCAGUAUCUUCUGAAAAUAUGCCUCGAUCUAGUUAAAUGUUCCGAGUUAAGUGUGUGAAAAUCACUAUUAGGUAAUAUUAUAAGAUAAAAACUGAUGGAAUCGCUGAAAAUGGCUCAAAGUGCAGAUUAUUUGGUGAACUAUAGAGGCAUGCACGGAAAACUAUUUCAUUUUUGUGUAGUAGGGUUAACUUUAUAUGUUGAAGGCUAAGUGUUGUAGUAUAGGCUAUCAUCAGCCACUCCACAAAUAGAAAGAAGACCUUGAUCAGAGUCAGUGUUUAAAAAAAUCAUUAUUCGCGUAUAAAAUUUUCCUAAAAGGACUCAUUAAUUCGGUUUACAUUAGUUGAUAACUUAAUAAUUCCUAACCCAGUAAUUCAUUCGACUUUGAAUAAGAGUAUUUAUAACAAAUUAUUUAAAAAUUAUCAUAUUUGCCGAAAAAAAAUAACCCCUUCAAAAAUUAGGGGGUAAAAUAAGUUGGUACCUCCCCUUUACCAGCAGUAACUUUUAUGGAUCACUCAGUAUGAAUUUCAUUUAAACUAUUUUACAAAUAAUUUAAAUAAACUUUUUUUUUUUAAAUAACCAAACUAACUUUAUUUUUUAAUAUUUUAUUUAUCCUGGAACAUAGCGGAACAGUUAUUGAAAAACUCAGUAUAUAUUAAUUUACUUUUUUGUAUUUUAUUUGUAUUUGUAUUUCAACAAGUUGUAUAUUUGCAUUGAUAAUAAAAAUCUCAGGAUCUUGAGCAAAUUAAUUUAUUGUAUUGUACUUCUCCAGAUCCUCGCUUAUCGUGAGCUAAAAUUGAUCCACAUUCGUCACACUGAAUAUACAUCAACAGCGAAAGUUACAUCAGUGGAUUCGACCUUUCGAAAAAAGCAGAUUGUUAAUUUGAAUUGAAUGACGACAUGACAACGUAUAUUUCUGCACAUUAUUUAAAAAUAAAAUCUAAUUCAGUAUUUUGAUGUUCCUUACCUAAAUACAUGCAAAAUGCAAUAGUCUAUAAAAUAUUACUUCCUUUGGCCAAUACAUUUUUUAAUAAUAUUAGGAGGACUUAAAUAUUUCCAAUUUCUAAGAGCGACAAUGUGUAUUCGCCUUUUUCGAUUUUUUUUUAAGAUGUUAGGUUUGAUUAGAUUAAAGUAUAUUUUUUAUAAAUAUAUAAAGAAAAUAUUGUUUGACUACCAAAAAAUAAGGUGCAAAUAAUUUCGGUAAGAAUAUAUUGGAGAAAUAAAGUAACGAGAAUGUUCCCAUUUAUAUACAUCAAUAAGAGAAAUACAACAAUAACCAUUAUUAGCCCUAUUUUUUUAUUUGUAAAAUUUCACAUCAAUAAAAUAUGGACUUAAAAAAAAACUAAAGUCCUAAAAAAAACGCGACCCUUACGUCUGUGGCCCUACGAGUGCCGAAGAUUUCAACGCUCGCACAGGUAGGGAAAGGUAAACUCAACUUGCCGCGUCGGAAUAUCAAGGACGAUAAAACCUAAGGACGACGCCAACAAUAGAAAAGGAUCAAAUCCGGGGGUGCGUGCGGAAAAUCGCGUGUAGGAGGGUCCUCGAAUCGGCUACCGAAGAAAAGUCUCGGCAGGCUGCGCUUCCACAUAAUAGCCUACCAGGAUCCUAAAAGUCUUCGACAAAAGCUGAGACCACGAAAAGUGCAUCAUUCAGUAUCACGGCACACGCGGGCAGUGAUCGAGUUUAGUCAAGGAGGCGGCGAAACGUGCGGCAUAUACACGCGCCGUAGCGCGGUUUUUUCGAAUUCGGAUAUUUUUGUGCCGCAGUUUUUUUUUUUCGAUCGUUAUUCCAUUAGAUUAUUGUUUGUGUCGUUUGUGGUAAGUGAGCCGGCGACGUUUGGUACCAUGAAAAUACCAAACGCAAUCUAACAUGUUUCUUCCUUGCGCCGGUCAUCUUAGUGUACUUUCUUCGUUAACAAACCCACCCUUUCAUCGGUGAAUGUGGAAGGUUACGAAGCAGUGCCCCAGGUGCAUUAGCCACCUCCUGGUGGCAGUUUUGAUCUCCGCUGCGGUGGCUUCUGAAAUCACCGACUUCGUUUCUGUAAACACUUUACCUGAUGGAGAAGUAGAGGCCAGGAUUUUCUAUAAGGGCGUCGCUGCGAAAGACACUAGUAUUGGACCGCUUUCCAAUACGGGCAUUCACUUUCGCCAACUAUCAGACGGAAAGCACCUCAUCCAGUUAAUUUACGACGAAAACAACCUACUUAGAGACUGCGAAUUCGGCCACCAGAGGGCGCAAGUGAAAUCGUUCCUAACAAAUUUUAAGAAAGAUCUGAACAAUCUGAUAUCUACCUCGAAUAUUAGUGUCAUUUCUCUGGACGGCAAACGGUUGCCAGAAGAAUAUACGUGGUUAAAUUAUACGAGGUUGCGCGAAAUUUGCCAUAUGAAGCAUUUGGAAAUCAAAACCGACGCAGACGCCAUGAUAAGAAAUAAUAAAACACUUCCCGAUCAAAGGUCCAAGAGAGACAUCUCAGACCUUCUACGCGUACCUGGUACCAAAUGGUGUGGUAAAGGGUAUUCCGCUGAUAAAUAUACCCGACUAGGAGGGUUUUCUAGGACAGACAAAUGUUGCAGAAGGCACGACCUCUUCUGCCCGUUCUGGAUCGGAGGGUUCGAAACCAAGUACGGAUUGUUCAACUGGAGGAUGAAUACGUUGAUGCACUGCAACUGUGAUGAAAGAUUCCGUACGUGUUUGAAGAUGGUCCGGUCGAGCGACGCAAACUUGGUCGGGAAAUUGUUCUUCAACGUCGUUCAAACCAAAUGCUUUAUCCUCAAACCGAAGAAGAGGUGCGUGCGUACCUCGUGGUGGGGAAAAUGCGAAAAGCACAAAAUGAUUAAGCAGGCGGUCCUUAGAAACAAUUUACCCUAUUAAUAUGUCUCGUGUGUAGCAUGAAACGACUAAGCGAAUUGUGUAUUACAAGGGAUUUUUGCCACAUUACUUUCUAAAUGUUGAUAUUUGGCAAAAAAACUACAGAUUAAGCUUAACGAAAAGUUCCCUUGCAGCUUUAAUUGAUUUUUCUGUUUCUUUUUUAUUAGGGCCAAUUGUAGCAACGUAGUAUUUUAUUACUAAUGUGAUCAUAGAUAAGCAAUAUUGUAAAUAAAAUACAACUAUAUACGUCACUGUUAAAAGACCAAAACAUCUGUAUGGCGAUGAAGGCGUUUUAAUUAUUCUACUGCGCUCUUCUGUAGUCCAAUUAAAAAUUAACUAAAACAUUUUUAUUUUUCAUUGUUAUCGCCGGCCGCUUGUUUUGCGAAUGAAUUAUGGUUUUCUGUAAAUAACUGUAAAUAUUUCCUCAUUUUUAGGACCGCCGCGUACUUAAUAAUCAAUUUCUGUAAAUGUGCUUAAUCGUUUAUAUUCUAACGUAACGGUAGCCUCUAGGUGGUUUUAACAUACAGGGUCGUCUUAAAUCAAUAAAAUUAAUGAAAUCAUAGCUAACUCAUAACCGCCAUCCCAACUUUAUAACGUAAGAAUAUCAUAUCAUUCCCUUUGCUUUUAUGUGUUAAUCCGGCAACGGUUGUAAAUUUAUUACUAGUUGUGUAAAUUUUUUGUAAACGUUUGAUUAAACGUAUUCCUGUGUUAUACAUAAGCAAAUAAGGACGCAAACUCUGUGCUGCCAUUUUAUUCGAUCUAGAUCAUUGCUGUAACAUUGAAAAAUACAUUUUAUUUUAUUUAUUUACCUAUUAGCGUGGUAUUU